AUGGGGUCCGAGAACCGUUCAGUAGCCCGCUACGAGACAACAGCGGUAUACACUCAUCCAGAGGCCAAAGUUGACAUUGUUCUCGUGCAUGGGCUCAAUGGAACACCCGACAAGACAUGGACGGCCAAGAAUGGAACUUUCUGGCCUCUGGACCUAUUACCAGUUGCACUCAGAGGUGCCCAGGCUAACAUCCUGGUCUAUGGGUAUAAUGCAGACGUCUACUCCAAAAAGAACAAUCAAACAGCCAGCGACAGCUUCAUUCACCAGCAUGCGCAGAAUCUCAUAACAAAUCUGACCCUCCAUCGCCAAAGCGAAGGCACAUUCAAGAACCCCAUCAUUUGGGUAUGCCAUAGCUUGGGGGGCAUUCUCGUCAAACGAGCUCUCCUUUACUCAUCUGAUGUUCGCGAACCUCACCUCGAGCAUUUCCGAUCCAUUUUCGUUUCGACCUUCGGCCUGGUCUUCUUAGGAACACCCCAUGUUGGCUCAGAUGCAGCUACUUGGGGUCUCAUCCUUCAAGCCAUGUCCGAUGCAGUCAUACCCAAGAGGUUUUUCGACUCUGAGUCGGUGCUUUUGAAGACUCUUAAGAAGGACAACGAAACCUUGGCAAAUAUCAACAGUCACUUUUUGGAUAUAUAUCAGCGCUUUGAGAUUCAUAUGGUUCGCGAGAAUCAGAAAACGGAUAUCAAGGGCCACAAAAUUUUCAUUGUUGAUGCCAACUCAGCUGGUCCUCAGUUGCCUGGUGUCACUUACUACGGGAUAGAGGCAUCGCACUCCAACAUGUGCAAGUUCGAUGGCACCAACUCCCCAGGCUUUCGUAGCAUUGCUAUCACUAUACUGCAGUGGAUUCAAAGGGCCCCAUCUGCUACCCAGGAACGAUGGCUUGCCGAAGAAGACGAGAGACGAGCCCGUGCCAUGGCAAGGGCAAACGAGAUCAUGUCGCCUUACACAAGUCAGACUCAGACACCUGUGCUGAGUCGAGAUAUAUCAGCGUUCAGAGGGAAGAAACCAGUCCUGGAAGGAUCAUCUUUGGCGCUACUCAAUAGAGAUGAAUCAAUAUUCGUUCACCCAGAACGCUUUCGACCCAACUCGCUCUUCAGAGGUCGACAGCAAGACUUGCAGGAUCUUCAUGCCAUGCUCAUGGACCCACAGCGUAGAGACCAGGGUACUUCUGCUGUUCUCAUAUGGUCAGUUCCUGGGGGAGGAAAGACACAUCUUGCCAGGGAAUAUGCUUUCAAACAUCGGCAUAACUACUCGUGCGGCGUCUUCUGGGUACGCACCAAGACUCCUGAAGAUCUCGAAGAUGGAUUCUUGAGGAUUGCAAAACAUGCCAUGUCUCGAGCAGAAAUUGAUAUACAGGACGAGACAACCCUCCAGAAUCCGAGCAAGGUGAUCCCUUUGGUUCGAAACUGGCUUGAUCGAUCGGAGAACUGGCUCCUCAUCCUGGAUGGAGCUCUAUAUGACACACCAAAUCUGGAGAAUUGCAUACCCGAUGCGAGAAACUCAAGCUUGAUCCUUACGUCUACUGACACAUCCAUCGCAGGGGACCAUCACUUUGACAAUCCCCAGAAACUCGAACUCGGACCCCUGGCAGAUGAUGAUGCUCGCACAUUGCUGCUUGAGGAUAUGGACAAGAAGAAACCUUGGACUCAGGACGAUCUCGACCGCGCUCUCGAAGUAGUUCGGUUGGUCGAAGGUCUGCCACUAGCCAUACAUACCGCAGCUGGUCAAAUGAAAGCUACCAAAGAGCCACUGGCAAAAUACAUCCGAUCUUACAAGAAGCGGCCCCGUACCGGCGGAUUGGGCGCUUACAAAGCUGUGCGAGAAAAGCUUAAGGAACGAGGGGAGACAGCGGCGCUCAACCUCAUGUAUCUACUUGCGUUCUGGGGAGGACGGGUGCCGGUCGAGAUGCUGUCACUUGGUAUGUUAUCAGGCCCCCACCACUCUCAGAACGAAGCUAACUUACCAGGCCUGAAGGCACUUGAUAAGCGCACUCCUGUGCGUACUUAUGACUCGAUGGGUAAGCGGAGUCUUAACAAGACAUUCACCAUUCUCAUAGCGUUUGCUCUCAUCGAGCGUGACGAGAUAGAAGAUGUCCCAUCGGUGAGCACGCCCGGCGAGACGAUCCCUAGUUCAAGACCAAUGGAGCCUCUUGAUGUGCUCAAGAUUCACGGCAUCGUGCAAAGCUUCUUUCUCGAGGCCUUGAAGAUAGACGGGCAGUACAAUUUUUGGCUUGAACGUGCUGCCGCUGUUUUCCUCGAGUCUUUUGACCGCGGAGAUAGUCGUGCCAAGAACAAUAAGGAGAUGGGCAUUCCAGAUGACUAUCGAAGGUAUGCCACCCAGUGCCGAAGGAUUUUGAAGCAUCUUGAAGAGGUCGAUAGGCCGAGUCUAGAACUCAUGUCCGUUGAGCAAGCCUUGCAAGGCCGUUUCGAGGAUAUGCAAAUCAAGAUUCGGACUUUGGCACGCUCAAUGACCACAGACUCUGAAGGAAGAUGGGUUCGGGGACCUUAUGUGUCGGUAUUUGAGAAAAGCAACAGUGCUUCUCUGUCGAGCUCUUUUACCACUCCGGAUGACGACAACGUCGAGGAAGAAAAGCAAGCCCCUUGGGACUUGCGCACUAGUUUUCCUUCUCUAGAAGCAGACAACGAUGCACCAUAUCCUUACGAUAGUACCAUGCCCGUACCGGUGUUCCAUGAGGAUGACGAUACUCUAAUGGGGAGCGUGGUUUUUCAGCAACGGCCAUCAGAAAGACGUUCAAGUGGCAACAGCCCAAGGGUGUCUGAACGCGACCUGAAUGGUAGUUGGACUUUGAUUAGGGAGCCAAGUGUCCCUCGGUCAAGGCCACUCUUUGAGCCUGUCGAGCACGUUAUAAGGCCGACAGUCAGAGGCCAGAGCGUGGGGGCUAUUCCUCGACCAGGCUCUCACCCUCGCGAGAUAACUCGUGAGCGUGCUGAAGAAAACCCUUUCAUGGGUUCAGGAGAUGGCACCAUCCCAACUAUGGAGAUUGCCAACGCAGACUGGCUCACCCAUGAUCGCAUAACAGACCUUCCACGCGCAAGUCAUUCGGAUACAUCUCUUGAUGCAGAUAUCGACCAGUGGGCACCGGGUCUGCCUAUCACUAGCCACUCGGUGAGCAGCCUCAGACCUAUAUCUCAUCAUCAGCAACCAGCAUCUUACCAUCGUCGUACUCUAUCUGCUGGGGAGGUCUUCUCGUCUUCGUUGCCAAAUAGCCUUGCAAGCAGCACCCUUCGACCACCCUCGUCGGGACCUGAAAGUCACUCUUCUCAGCCCAUGUCACGAAACUCUUCAUCCAGAUCAGAUCAACCUGUCUCGAGCAACCCUCCUGUUCCCAGGUGGGCGCGCCGCGUACCAUCGGCCACAGCCACAGAGCCCUCGGCACGACGUAUCACAAAUAGUCCUGACAAUAUCUCUGUGGGGUAUCAAUCCUGGCAAAUGAGGCAAUCAGGGCCGUGGAAUCCCGAAGUGGCUUCUAGGAGGGAAAUCACCUCGAGCCCUAGACCGGAGGCGGAGGCUGAUAGCGCGGACAUGGUGAGGUCAGGUUCCGGAGGGAUUCAGUUCCACGGUCGCAUUAUUGAAUUUGGAAGAUUACAGCCGGCAACUGCGCAACCAGUCUAUCCACUAGAAAUCAGCGAGUCGACUCAUGCUCUGGAAAGCCGGGCUACCGCCACUCGAAGAAGACGGAACACAAAUAGCCAACCUCCUGGUUAUCCCCGACCAGAUACAUUACGGUAA